CUUUCCACCAAAUCCCCAUUCGCCUUCAAAUUCAGUCUUCACAUUCCUUGAAAUUUUUUGCUUCUCCCUCUCUGCCUCCCCCUCACACACACAUUCAUGUCCGCAGGAGCAAGCAACAACAAUAGCAGAAUCAAGUUCUGAUAAUGGAUAGCCAAGAUAUUUCACCAUCCCACGUGGAUGCAUCUCGACCGACCCUGGGCUUCCCCUUAGGCACUGCACUCCUUCUCAUCAUCAUCUUCAGCUUGAGCGGCAUCUUCUCCUGCUGCUACCACUGGGACAAGCUCCGCUCACUCCGCCACCAAUCGUUCUCCGAUCUUGAGGCUGCAGCAAACUCAUCAUCAUCACCUUCCAACUCUAAGUUGAAGCCUCACUCCAAGGUAGAAGGUAGUAGCAACAGUCAGAAGAGUUUGACUGUGUUGAUGCCAGGGGAUGAGGUACCCAAGUUCAUAGCCAUGCCCUGCCCCUGCCAGACUUGGAGACAAGAGAACAUCAUUGUCACCGUGGAAAAGCCAGAGCCACCGCCCAAACCAUCGCUUUUACCUGUCCCUUUCUAUUAGCAUUAGCAAUUAUAUAUUCAUCUUAAUAUUAAUUGCUCUGUAUAUAUAUAUGCAUUUUCCCACCAUUUGUUCUAUCACCCGAUGAAGUUGCUAAGAAGAAAAUAGAAAUUACAGACUGACGGUGGUUAAUGUAGGAACAAGGUCAAUUGAUUCCAUACUUGUGUUCUUGUAUCAAAUUCAAAUGUAACUAUUAAGGGAUUCAAUUUUUCAUUUACUCAACUUUCAA